AUGCAAAUGUACGGAUACAAAGUAUCUGCAUACAAGUACAUGUACAAGCACACGUACAACUGGCUCGAAUCAUGGCCAAGUGAAUGCGCAAACCGCAUUCCAUAUUGGUUCCCGCACGCACCGCCGGCAACUGGCCUGCCUCGGCCAAAGACUCGACGGAUGAAAGAGGCGGCUCGUCGGGGAAGCAAACGACGCAUCGCUCCAAGUUGGCGCCGUCUCUCGAGUCUCGACGCACGCAACCUCCCGGCCGCCGGCAUCGGCGAGGGGCCCAUGGUCCGGACGAUUGUCCCCGCCGUCCUGCCGGGGAUGGCUCGAAGGCGGGUCUCCUUCAUGCCUCGGCCUGCCGUGACGGGGAAUGCGAGCACGGAUACGGACGGGGACGGGUGCGGAAAGGAUGGGAAGCCGGCGCAGGCUCGUGGCACGCCUCGCGAGGAGGCAGCGAGCACAGGGUGGGUACCUGCACUGUGCGAGGACGGGAACCUUUACUGUCCUGCUGCUGCCAAGUGCGCGAGCGAUCCGUCCGACCCCGAGCGAUCCAGGAGCCCGGCCCCGUUCGGCGCCUCGCUCGUCAUGAGUCUCUUCUGGACAGGCCCGGCCUUGCAUCCCUUUGCUGUCUCGUCGGCCACGAGCCUAUCCACGCUAGUUCCCACAUUUCGUCUUCUUCUUCGUCCCCAGCAUCUCGACGUCGCUCACGAUGCCACGGAUACAGCCACCCCGGCACUCGUUCAAGGCCUGGUUAAGGUCUGCUUCGCUCUUGAUCCGGUUCACCUGCGAGAUGGCCCAGGUCCCGAACAAGGUUAUCCCGCUGGUCGGCUGACAGGCACCCCGGAGGCAGCUGGCGAGCUCCAAUCGUAG